AUGACGACCCCAACAGCCUCAACAAUCUCCAAAUCCUUCUACGCCCUCAUCGCCGGCGUCGGCCCGGGCACAGGCCGCGCCGUGGCGUUGCGCUUCGCGCGGGCCUACCCGGUCGUGCUGCUGGCGCGCAAGCCCGAGAGCUACGAGGGCAUCGUAGCCGAGAUUCGGCGGCAGGGCGGCGAGGCGGUUGGCGUCAGCGCCGACACGUCCGAUGCGGCGUCAGUACAAUCUGCGCUGGAGGUCGUCAGGAGGGAGUUUGCCGGCAAGAGCGACAAUGGAGAGGGUGGGAAGGGCCUGGGGUUGGCCGUCGCUGUUUACAACGUCGGCGCCGGGUUCGGCGUCAAGCCGUUUCUUGAAACGACGGUCGAGGAGCUCGAUGCCAGUUUGGCUGCCAACGCCCGAGGCCUCUACAACUUCGCCCAGGCGACCCUCCCCUCUCUCCUGGAAUCCGUCCCCACCAGCCCGCAUUCCCCGUCCCUAAUCAUCUCGGGCGCCACGGCCUCGGUCCGCGGUUCGGCCCGCUUCGGCCUCUUUGCGGCUGGUAAAUUCGCCGUGCGGGCGCUGGGCCAGAGCCUGGCGAGGGAGUUCGGCCCACAGGGCGUGCAUGUGGCGCAUGUGGUACUGGACGGUGUGAUUGAUAUCCCACGGACGAAGGGAUAUACGGUAAACGAAGGAAAGGAGGACGGAAAGAUUAGUGCUGAUGCUAUUGCCGAGAGUUACUGGCAUUUGCAUACGCAGCAUCGGUCGAGCUUCACGCAUGAGCUUGAUCUGAGGCCGUAUGUUGAGAAGUUCUGA